UCGAGGAGGUUGUUGGAUACAACAGGAACUCUGAUUCUCUAACGAAAUCAUCUGCAAGACAUUGUAAUGCAAUUCUCCCUCAUCCCUUCAACAAGAACUUGGACGUCCAUCUAAAUGAGAAAUUCUUUAUUCCUCUCUUCACUUUGAUUCUUGAAUGUCUGUACAUCUUUGAAACGAGUGCCUAUCCAAAAGAGCAUGAACAAUUAAAGCUACUCAGAGAGACCACGGUACAGAAGUGCCAGGAAAAUUCGGAAUAUAUCAUGAAUGUGCCAGUGGAUGAAGCGCAGUUCGUAUCUAUUCUGCUUAAAAUCAUGAAUGCGAAGAAAACACUGGAAAUUGGAGUAUUCACUGGCUAUUCUCUUCUUGCCACAGCUCUUGCUCUGCCUCAUGAUGGCAAGAUAACAGCAAUUGAUGUAAAUAGAAAAACAUACGAGAUUGGAUUGCCAUUCAUUCAAAAGGCAGGAAUGGAGCACAAAAUUGACUUUAUCCUUGGUGAUGCAUUAUCAGUUCUCAACGAUCUUAUUAAUGAUAAGCAUGAAGACUCAUUUGACUAUGUAUUUGUGGAUGCGGAUAAAGCAGAAUACAUAAAAUAUCACGAGUUGGUGUUAAAAUUGGUGAAAAAGGGUGGAAUAAUUGCAUAUGACAACACUUUAUAUUUUGGUACAGUUGCUAUGCCUGAGGAAGACGUAAAGUGGGAUAUUCUGAGGCAGAAUAGAAAGCCUUUGAUUGAAUUCAACAACUUUAUAGCAAACGAUUCUCGCUUGGAAUCAGCAAUUGUUUCUAUUGGGGAUGGCGUAACCCUGUGUAGACGUCUGUGAUCCCUUCAAAUGGAAGAGAGAUAAAAGCAGUAUAAGAAUAGUUGGGUCACAACUCUUACAAUUUAGUUUGCCAAAUAAAAACAUCACUUUAAAUUUUGUAUCCCUCCUGAUUAUGUUGCAGAAUAAAUGCUUAUUACGUUGAAGAAAUAUAUAUAAAAGUUAGUACCGAUGAUAUUUGUAUUUUAUGAGUAAAUUACAAAUCUCUUUCUUUU